UGAAAGCUGUCAGCGGAAGUAAAAGGUCUUGGUCUUGGCGACCGACGCGGGGCGCGUUCAUCGCGUCGCAACCUCUCCUUUCUCCUCGCAAAACUAGUAUUGCCAAUAUCGCUCUUAUAAUACCGUUCUUUCUCAAUUAAUAGAGUGUGUAAAGCGAACAUGGCGAGCCGUUCUGACGGGAGUGGCUAUAAUGAUAGCAAUCGCGCAUUCCUCCAAGCUUUCAUGGCCCGCUCCAGCAUGACCUUUGCGGAAGCAAGGCCUGUUCUGGCUGCGAUUUUCUCUGUCCACGAAGGUGAACCUGUCUCCGAGGAAGAUGUAACUGAAGACGAUCUGUCAUCUUACAUUGCUGCCGCCAAUACCACGAUCUCUCCUUUCGAUUUAGAAAUCAGAAGUACGCUACGUCAGUCGCAGAUAGAUCCUGAAGGCGCGGGGGACCAGGUGCCGGAGCGAGUAUACGCCCUUGUGAACACCACCAGUGAUGCCUUGACGCAGCUGGCAACCACUUACAGUGCGGACGAGAUCGCCUUCGUCAAACGACUCCUUGACGCUAUGUUCGACACGAAUAAUACUAGACGCUCCGAGGGUAUGGUUAUCAGCGGCAUGCAGGCUAUACAGUUGGCCAAGGCCUCUGCCAGAGAUGCUAGUCGUCGGGAACCAAACAACGCGACGCAGAGUCAAGGCGGGGCCGCGCAAUCGCUUAGUAUGUCCCAGGCGGAAACAGUACUGAAGCAGCUCGUGGAGGAGGGGUGGCUGGAAAAAAGUAGGAGGGGGUUUUAUAGUCUAAGUCCACGAGGGCUGAUGGAGCUACGAGGAUGGUUGGUUGCGACGUACAACGAUGAGAACGAGGAUGGUCGUAGGAUGGACAAGAUCAAAUUCUGCGCCGCCUGCAGAGAUAUCAUCACUAUGGGUCAACGUUGUGGUAAUCGUGACUGCUCGGGUCGACUCCACGACCAUUGUAUUCGCAACUUCUUCCGUAUGCAACAGGCUGAGCAGUGCCCUGUAUGCAAGGCCCCAUGGCCUGGCGAUAAGUUUGUCGGAGAGCGUGCGAUAACCUCGACAGAGCAGUACAUGCAGGGCAGAAGGCAAAGCACGAACGCACAGCGUCAAAGCGGUGUUGGAUCUAGUAGCCAGAUUCCCAGCGAGGAUGGGGCGGCUGACAGCGACUGACGUGAUCA